UUGAGCAGAAUCUUCUAAGACUCCAUGCUCUGCCUUCCUGUCUCUCCUGGAGGCCUGGCUCCCAGGAAGGCCAGCUGCCCUGUCAUGAGGAUCUGAGGCUUCUUGCCCACAGCACCCUGAUGAGCUAAGUAAGCAGCUGUCACUGCCCUGCUGGAGCCUUAGGUGACUUCAGUGUCCUGGGUGCACUGGAACCAGAACACUGUAGCGGAACUCCUCCUGCCUCUAAGGUAAUUUAGAAAUCUUUAGCAGUAAAGGGGAAGCAGUGAGGAAUUAUAAAGAAUGAUUGCCUACCUGCAGAAUGCAAUUGUUUGGUUAUUGUGUUUUGGUUUUUGCUAGGAAGUAUCUAUGCCAGUAAUACAUGGCAACAAAUCUGUUUAUGGUCAGGGUGAGAUGAGGGCAUGAUGUGGUUCUUCUGCACUAAAUCCUCUCAGCAGCCCUCUCUGGGUAGAGGCUGGGGCCUGCAGGCCUAGUGUGAUGGAGCUUUUCCCACUCUUUCUGGGAUUUUGCUUACAGUCAUCGUGGCCCUCAGCUCCAGUACAGCAGGGCGCUUGCCAGCUGGGGAGAGCUGUUGCUCCCACACCCAACAGUUCCAGAUUGCUUUACUAGUCUCCAGUUUACCCGAGGACCUUUGGCAAUAAAUAGCUCAUCCAUGGGCAGCUGGCCUUGACCUAUGCAGUGAGGCCUGCUUGGGAAAGAUGAGCUGGCUGUGGCCAAGAGUUUGAACCAGGACCCAGAGAUAUUUGGUGGGCAUUUGAACUGAAGAAUCCUACAGGAUGGAGCCAGGCAGCCUGGACAUGCUUCCACAGUAAGACAGAGGAGCACCCAGAAGAAGUGCCUCUGUGCAUUUCUGUAGUAAUGGUUGAUGAGACACUUCCAUGUACCAGGCAUGGUCACGUGGAUCACAGAUCUACUGCAAGACUUAACUUUCUAAAUGGGAAAUGUUAUCCACUGGGGAAUUCUAUAUGAAGUGUGAGAGAAGGUGAUAAGUGCUGAGGGCGGGGGCAGGGAAGGAAGGAGACUGUAGGGGUCCCAGGCAGUGGGGCUCAGAUGAUAAGUUAAACAGGCCCCGUGGACGUGGCUCAUUUUGAAGGUGAAGUUUGUGUAAGUCUUGGAGGAGCUAAGGGAGCUGGCCAAGCACACCUAGAGCAGAAGCAAUCUUAGCAGGGGGUCCUGGUAGGUGUUUCAAAGAAUAGUGUGAAUGCUGGGGUGAGUUGAGUGAGAUCCCAUGAGCCCUAAGGAGCACUACAAGGGCUUUGGCUUUCAUUAUGAGAGAAAUGUACAGCUAUUACAGAGUUGUGAACAGAGCAGUGAAAUAAUCAGAAAUUUUAUUUUUUGCCAUGCUGGGGAUAGAACCCAGAGCCUGUGAAUGCUAGGCAAGUGCUCUCCCACUCAGCUAAAAUAUUAAAAGAAGUACUUCCUGUGUUGAGAACCCAGCAGAGCUAGGGUAGCAGCCCAUGGGAGCUGGUGCAGAGGAGAGGCUGGGAAGUGGUCAGAUCCAGACGUAUCUUAUCAGUUAGAGCCAACAGGAUUUCCUGAUGAAUGGAUGUGAAGUGGGAAAAAGAAGGAUCAAGGAUGCCUCUAGGGCUUCUGGCCCUAGCAGCCACUGUGCAGACUCCCAGCGCUCUCAUCUCUCCUCCUUCACCAUGAAGCUGAUGGACAAAUUCCACUCGCCCAAAAUCAAGAGAACACCAUCAAAGAAGGGAAAGCCUGCCGAGGUGUCUGUGAAGAUUCCGGAGAAGCCUGUGAACAAAGAGGCAAGAGACAGAUUUCUACCAGAGGGCUACCCUAUCCCCUUGGAUCUGGAGCAGCAGGCAGUAGAAUUUAUGUCCACCAGUGCUGUGGCUUCCAGGUCUCAGAGGCAGAAGAACCUGAGCUGGCUGGAGGAGAAGGAGAAGGAAGUUGUCAGUGCCUUGCGCUACUUUAAGACCAUUGUGGACAAAAUGGCUGUAGACAAGAAGGUGCUGGAGAUGCUCCCAGGCUCUGCCAGCAAGGUGCUGGAGGCCGUCUUACCUCUGGUGCAGACUGACCCUCGUAUCCAGCACAGCUCAGCCCUCUCCUCCUGCUACAGCCGAGUGUACCAAAGUCUUGCCAACCUCAUCCGUUGGUCUGACCAGGUGAUGCUGGAAGGCGUGAACUCAGAAGACAAGGAGAUGGUGACAACUGUGAAGGGAGUCAUCAAAGCUGUUCUGGAUGGAGUAAAGGAGCUGGUCAGGCUGACCAUCGAGAAGCAGGGGCGGCCAUCUCCAACAAGCCCAGUAAAGCCCAGUUCCCCGGCCGGCAAGCCUGAUGGCCAGCCUGAGCUCCCCCUGACAGACCGAGAGAUGGAGAUUCUAAACAAGGCGACAGGUGUGUCUCCGUCAACUGAGCUGCUCCCAGACUCCACAGAUGAAGAGGUUGCGCCCCCCAAGCCUCCUUUACCUGGCAUUAGGGUGGUUGAUAACAGUCCACCAGCAUUGCCACCCAAGAAAAGACAGUCAGCACCGUCCCCUACCCGGGUGGCUGUGGUAGCCCCCAUGAGUCGGGCCACCAGUGGCUCCAGUUUGCCUGUUGGAAUUAAUAGGCAGGAUUUUGAGGUUGACUGUUAUGCACAGAGGCGACUGUCAGGGGGCAGCCACUCAUAUGGCGGAGAGUCUCCCCGCCUCUCCCCCUGCAGCAGCAUAGGCAAGCUCAGCAAGUCGGAUGAGCAGCUCUCUUCUCUGGACAGGGACAGUGGACAGUGCUCCCGGAACACAAGCUGUGAAACACUAGAUCACUAUGAUCCUGACUAUGAAUUCCUCCAGCAAGACCUCUCCAACGCAGACCAGAUACCUCAGCACGUGGCCUGCAACCUUAGCCCGCUGCCGGAGUCCUUGGGGGAGACUGGGUCUCCGUUUCCCAGCAAUCCUUUCCAGCUGCCUCUUGGAAGCUGUCCCCAGUCUGAGGGACCCUCUGCCCUGGGGCGGCAGACAGACACACCACCUGCUUUGCCUGAGAAGAAGCGACGGAGCGCAGCUUCCCAGGCCUCGGACAGUGCUGGCUGCAGGGCAUCCUAUGAGCGGCACCCCUCGCAGUACGACAACAUCCCCGAGGACGACCUACAGAACCCGGCCCCGGCCCCAGCUCUCCCCUACACGCCCUUCGCUGCUGUCCUCCCCUUUCAGCAAGGAGGCUCCUCAGCCCCCAUCGAGUUUGUGGGUGAUUUUACUGCUCCUGAGUCAGCGGGGGAUCCAGAGCAGCCACCUCCUCUACCAGAGAAGAAAAACAAACACAUGCUGGCCUACAUGCAGUUGCUGGAGGACUAUUCAGAGCCGCAGCCCUCCAUGUUCUACCAGACGCCACAGAACGAGCACAUUUACCAGCAGAAGAACAAGCUACUCAUGGAAGUGUACGGUUUCAACGACUCCUUCAGUGGCGGGGAUUCUCUGCAGGAACUGGCCCCACCGCCCGCCCUGCCCCCCAAACAGCGGCAGCUGCAGGCCUCCUAUGCUGCUUCUUCCUUCUCCUCUGUCUCCUACUGUGUGCAGCAAACUAAAGUGGCCUUCAUCCCCGAGGACGGCAGUGCCACUCAGGGCCUCAGUGUGUCCGUGUCUAACUCCUUUCUCAGCCGGCACGGCAGCUUGCCUGUGCCCUCGUACAAAUCUGUGUUUAGGUCCUACUCCCAGGACUUCGUGCCUCACCACCAGGCUUCCGUCCAACCUUUCCUUCCGCCUACCUCCUCUUCCUCUCCGCAUUUCCCACCUGUCCACCCGUCUCAGAGCUCGGACUUGGCGGUGCCUGCCGUAGCCGGUCCGCCUCCCAGCACCAUGACCGGGCCUCUCUCAUCCUCUCAGGAGAGCAGCUUUCAUGGGAACACUGUCUGCCUUCCUUCCGAAACCUCUUGCGCUGACUCGAGCGAAAACGCCAGUGAGGAAGCUGGUGAGGGUGAAUAUGUCAGUCUGUAUUCCUCUGGCCAGAGCAGCGAGGAGCUGGCUCCCUCUCGAGGAGAAUCACCAGCUGGGAAAGACGGACAUUCCAGAGAUCCCUCAGCUGUUGGCAGUGCCCCUGGGAAGGACAGCAGAGAUGGUGGUGAAAGGUCCCCAAAGUCACCUGACACUCUGGAGUCAGCUCAGUCGGAGGAGGAAGUAGAUGAGCUGUCCCUUAUUGACCACAACGAAAUUAUGGCCAGGCUGACACUCAAGCAAGAGGGAGAUGAUGGGCCAGAUGUACGUGGAGGAUCUGGAGACAUCUUACUGGUGCAUGCUACUGAGACAGACAGGAAAGAUCUGGUGCUGUACUGCGAAGCCUUCCUGACCACCUACAGGACCUUUAUCAGCCCUGAGGAGCUUAUCAAGAAACUGCAGUACCGCUAUGAGAAAUUCUCUCCCUUCGCCGACACAUUCAAGAAGCGCGUCAGCAAGAACACGUUCUUCGUGCUGGUGCGGGUGGUGGAUGAGCUCUGCCUGGUGGAGCUGACAGAGGAGAUCCUGAAGCUGCUGAUGGAGCUGGUCUUCCGCCUGGUGUGCAAUGGGGAGCUCAGCCUGGCUCGCGUGCUCCGGAAGAACAUCCUAGACAAGGUGGACCAGAAGAGGCUGCUCAGGUGUGCCAACUCCGACCAGCCCCUGGCAGCCCGGGGUGUUGCAGCCAGGCCAGGGACCUUGCAUGACUUUCACAGUCAUGAAAUAGCCGAGCAGCUGACACUGUUGGAUGCUGAGCUCUUCUAUAAAAUAGAGAUUCCUGAGGUUUUACUUUGGGCAAAAGAACAGAAUGAGGAGAAGAGCCCUAACCUGACCCAGUUCACAGAGCAUUUCAACAACAUGUCCUACUGGGUCCGGUCCAUAAUCAUGUUACAGGAAAAAGCCCAGGACAGGGAGCGGCUGCUCUUAAAGUUCAUCAAGAUCAUGAAGCACCUGCGGAAGCUGAAUAACUUCAACUCCUACCUGGCCAUCCUCUCAGCGCUGGAUUCGGCGCCCAUCCGUCGGCUGGAGUGGCAGAAGCAGACCUCAGAGGGCCUGGCUGAGUACUGCACUCUGAUUGACAGCUCAUCCUCCUUCCGAGCCUACCGGGCGGCCCUCUCAGAGGUGGAGCCCCCCUGCAUCCCAUACCUGGGUCUGAUCCUGCAGGACCUGACCUUUGUCCACCUGGGGAACCCGGACUACAUCGAUGGCAAAGUGAACUUUUCCAAACGGUGGCAGCAGUUCAACAUCCUCGACAGCAUGCGGUGCUUCCAGCAGGCGCAUUACGACAUCCGGAGAAACGACGACAUUAUAAACUUCUUCAAUGACUUCAGUGACCACUUGGCCGAGGAGGCCCUAUGGGAACUCUCUUUGAAAAUUAAGCCCAGGAACAUAACAAGGAGGAAAACAGAUCGGGAAGAGAAGACCUAGGAGCCUUGCUUUGCGAGGAGAGUGCUCAAGGUUCUUGGAGCCUGAGGACCUGGGGCCUGCCCAGUGGGCUGCAGCGUCCCAGCCUCAGCCUGGCUCCGCUGUGCUGGGCAGCCCAGAGCCUGCCAGCAGCUUCCCGCCUCCCUCCCUGCGGCAGCCCCGGGGUCCAGUGGAGCCGGCAGGCGGGUCUCAGUGCUGAUUUGUGAACCAGUGGUUCCCCCUCCUCACCCCCCCCCCCCGUUGGGUUUUUUUUUCCACUUUCACCUCCACUGUCCCCUCUCACCCUUCCCCGGACCCCUCCAGCCUGGGAGCAGCACAGAGAAGUCAGCAGCAGACCGCACCCCCACCCAGGGCCAGGACCCUUGAGUCUCCUGAAAUGGCAGGCAGUGGAGGCUGAGGACCCUCUGGGCACACUGCCCUCCAGGACACCUGGGAGAGGGGAGGUGCAGCAGGGAACAGAGGGCCAGGGGCAGGCACCUCUUAACUUUCCAUUCCCUGAGUUUCAAUGUGGAGGGUGGAGUGAGUGUGGCUGGCCCAGGAGGUAUGACAGGUGGCCUUCAGCAGCCCUGGGCUCAAGUCCUGGUUCUGGCCCAGGCCUGUCCUGCGUCCAUGCCCCACAGGCUGCCCUGCUGGUCCUCGAGCACCUGUUUCCCCUUCAGCUCCCCAGCGCAGGCCCCCAGGCCCCUGCCCACAUCAUCCAGGCUCUGGGAGCAGGAGGACUUUGUCGUCACAGAAGCUGAGCAGGGGCGUGGCAGAGCUGAGCCAGUUGGGGCUGGGGGGAGGAGUUCCCGCUGUCCUGGGGAGAGGUGGGCAGCCCCCUCCGCACUUGCUGUGUGCCUUAAACUCCAUCUCCUGUUCCUCCCUCCCCACAGGCUUCCCUCCUACUUUGUCCCACCCUGGGGUCCAGCAGGCUGCUACACAGUGCUCCCCGGGGUGCCGGCGGGAGAGGCCUGCUGCAGACAUGUCCCCAGCUGCCCAGGAAAGCAGCCCCCAGGAAGGUGCCCGCCCCUUCCUUGUUGAGCCCCUGGCUGCUGCCAGGGCCCAGCAGGCAGGGUGCAGGUGGGAACCCCUGUGCCCCCCACACCCCGCCCAUUCUGCAUGAUGCGCUCACUUCUCCCAAGAGUGGGCUUUGGUCAAGUGAGCACCAGAUCUAACCGAGCUUCCCCAGCCCCGUUUCCACAGAACAAAAGGUAGAAAGCAACCACGUUGCUAAGUCCUUCGUGGAUUUUAAGCAACUUUUAUCAAGAAGAAAGUCGGGGCUGGCGUUUUUGUUUUUGUUUUGUUUUUUUUCCUCUUUUGUCUUUUAUUUGUCCUGUAAAUAGAGGGAGGAGGUCUGUGAAAUAUCACUGAGCGCCCUCUCUGGCAGCAGCCCUGCUGGCGGCUGGAACCUGUCACUUUAUUAUUUAAGGAGUGUGUGUGUGUGCAGUUGGGUUCCCUAGCAGUGUUGUGCGGGUUGGGUCCGGUUUAUUCCCUCUCGGGUGAGUCCUUUCAUUUCAGCCCCUGCCUCUUGCUGCCCAUCCGUGUCCAGCCCUGAGUGCUGCUGUGUGUGUGUGGGGGGGGGGGGGGGCGUCUAUGCACACAGGGCCCAGGGUGUGCUGACCAGAGUCCUCCCUGCCUUCUGAGAGCCCAGGAGUCUCCUAGCACAGGCCACUGCCAGUGCUGUGGCAGCGAAGCCCCAGCCCGCUCUGCCCACAGGACAGAUUCCUGUCUGCAGCGGGCAGUCCACCCGUCCUGGUGAGAGCUGGGGGGUAGGGCCUGGGGGAGCCACUUCCUUAAUUCAGAACAGACCCGCUGCCUGUCCCAGAGUGCCCAGGCCUCCCCUGCACUCCCUGCAGAAGUGCCCAGGCUGUGGACAGGCAGCACCAGAGGACAGGGCACCCUGGGGAGGACAGUGAGGUGCAUGUGUACCUCAUUGGCCGCCAUGCUUCCCUCCCUCCUGCCUCUGGCUGUGGCCACACCCCAGCACUCAGGGCUGGGCCUAGUGCAGGCUGUUUCUUGGGGGGCCAGGGGGCAUGGUGGGAAUCGAUCUUCACCAAAGGACAUCAGCGAAGUGAAUGGUCCAGUUCCCUGCGGGUGGGUGGAGCCAGGGAGAGGCAGACACAUGGUGGCUGACCUGAGCCCUGCCUCAGAGCAGUCUCCUACCCUGGCUGCCCCACAACCUCCCUAAUGUUACAUUGUAAUAUACAGCCCCCCACUAACCCCUGAUGGUGGCAUCUUCCUGCAGACAUUUCAAACAUGUAACUUUUAUAUGAAAGAAAAAUAAACAGGUGAAAGCUG